GUACUAGAACUCAAACACGUCAACAAAGAUGAGUUGCCAUCCUCAAUUGGAGAGUUAAUACACUUGAGGUAUCUUGAUCUUUCCCAUGGUCGGUUUAAAGCAUUACCUGCUUCCAUUUCCAAACUCUACCAUUUGCAAACUCUGAAGCUGUUACAUUGUAGAUUUCUUCAAAGAUUUCCAAAAGGUUUAGGGCGACUGCGUAACCUUAAAAUCUUGACUUCAUUUAAGGUGGGCAACAUGAAUGUAACCACCGGUGAUGAAGCUGGUAUUGAUGAACUAGGAUGUCUACUACAACUUGGAGGAAGUUUGAGUUUAAUUGGUCUCAACAAUGUGAAAAGUAGAGAAGAUGCUAAAGCAGCAAAUUUGAAGGACAAACAAAAACUCCAAGAGUUGACAUUAGAAUGGGAAUCAGAUUGGCAUGUUUGUUCCAACGAGGAAAGCAGGAAACAAGACCAUAUAUUGGAGGAGCUCCAACCUCAUCAAAAUCUGUUUCUUCUGAGGAUAGUACGUUUCAGUGGCACCGAACUCCCUACUUGGUUGAAUAAUGGGAGUUCACAUCUCUCAAAUUUACAGGAACUCUCUAUUUACUCAUGUCACCAUGUGAAAGUCUUUGGAUAUGACAGGCUUGAGAUCUCUUCGGAAAUUGAUGAUUUCAUAUUGUGAAAAUCUGGAGUAUGCAGGAGUUGAGGGUCUCAUGCACUUGGAGCUUUUGGAAUUCAAGGGAUGUGAUAAGCUGAAAUCUCUUGGAGUGAAGAAGGGCACAAAUCAGGAAGAGCAUCAAGUGGGUUCCUCACGAGAUGAACAAAUGAACAACAUACCCAAUCUUCGUAGUGCGAAGAUGUGGAUCGAAAGUUGUGAUCGUCUUACAACUUUACCAGAGAAGCUCUUGCAAUCACUGACGACACUGCAUAUAGAAAAUUGUGCAAAUCGAAUGGUUUUGACAACAGGCUUAGAAAACCUUUCGUUGCUUCAUCACUUGCAGAUAGAAAUUUGUCCAAAUCUAAAGAAAUUGCCAGAGGACAUAGGACAUCUCUCAUCUCUUCAACACUUUUCAAUUAGGGAAUGCCCUAAGCUUGAGUCUUUAUCAGAAGAGAUGCAACACUGGAAAUCGCUGCAAAAGCUGAGCAUAGUUGGUUGUGCAUAUCUAUGGGCUCUACCUGGGGGAAUUGCAAAACUUACAUCACUUAAAGAAUUGGAGAUCAAUGGAUGUGAUUCAUUGAUCUCUUUUCCUGACGAGAUGAAAGAAUUGAUGUCGUUACAAAAGCUGAAGAUUGAACAUUGUUCAAAUUUGAGAGCUCUACCGGACGGCCUCGCCAACCUCUCGUUACUAGAGGUAUUGGAAAUUUCGAGUUGCAAUAGGUUGAAGUCUUUGCCUGGAGGGAUGCAACACUUAGCAUCACUAGAUACAUUGAAGAUAAAAGGUUGUGAUAAUCUGGAAAAAUUGCCAGAGGAAUUGGGGAAACCCUCAACCCUUCGUGUGUUGGCUAUAAUUGGUUGUCCUAAUCUAGAAGUUCUACCUGAGGGAUUGAGAAACCUCCAAAACCUCCGUCUAUUGGAAAUAUCUGAUUGUUCUAAUCUAACCACUCUACCAGAAGGCUUGGGAGACCUCUCAUCACUUCGAUCUCUGUACAUCCAAAGAUGCCUUAAAUUGACGUCAUUCCUGGAAAAUUUGCAACAGAUGACAUCCUUACAAGUACUUUGGUUGAUCGAGUGUCCGAAACUAAAAGAUUUGUCCACAGGGUUGGGGUUUCUCUCAGCACUUGAGAAGUUGACCAUCUGGGGAUGUCAUAACCUCAUCAAGCUUUUUCCUGGGGAGGACUUCUUGGGGAUUCAAGCCCUGAACUCAUUAAAAGAGCUGAUCAUUUCGAAUUGUUCAAAACUACAAACCCUUCCAUACGGAUUGGAGAAUCUCCCGUCACUUAGAGUGCUGGUUAUUUGGAAGUGCUCUGAAUUGGAGUCUUUCGAGAACGUGGUAAUAGAACUGAAAGAAAGAAAGUUAAGAAAACUAAACAUAAGAGACUGUCCUUACCUGGAGACCAUAAAUGAUGCGUCUUAAUCCUCUUGUUCACAUCAUCCUUACUCCUCCACACUACAGAGAGGUACUGUUAUCGGGGAAGCUAGGGAGUUGAUAAAUCUGUGGAUCAUCCAAGGAAGAGAGGAGACCUCAAUAAGCACCAUCAAGGCAUUCGUCAUAUCACACCCUGAUUCAUUACUUGAAUGGGAACCAUCGUAAGGAACAGUUUUGUGCUGCCUUGUAAUUAUCCCGACUGGUGGAAAGUGCUAGAGCACUUUGGAAGAAAAUGCAGUUUAGGGGAAAUAUGAAAUUGAUGUUGUUGGUAAGAAAUGGGUCUACAGUGGAAAGCCUUUAAGGUCGAAUGGAAGGCUGAAAUAUUUGAUAGAUGUGAUAGCUACGAGUUAAUUGAGAAAUGUGAUACUCGUGUUCUACUAGAUCAGUGGAAAGAGCUCAUAACUAAGUGGCAGAAUGAGAAAAAUGAGAGGGCCCUGAAGGUGAGAAGCCUUCAAGGUUCAAGAAUAUUUAUGAUUAGACAUAAGGAGAAGAACUAACAGCCAUUAGAUGGGGCUUCAUAAGAAACAACGACAAAGCUCAAUGAUGAGUUGAGUCAGUUGCCCAAAGAAACAAGAAAUUACAAAGCAAUCAAAGAAGGCAUCUUCGUGUUCAAGUGCGCUUGCUCGGAGUUGGAGUAAGCCAAAGGACCUUGGACUAACAAAGAUGCGGGAGAACACAAAGUUGCAGUGUCAAAUGGCAGAGUUGAAGCAAGAAGUGGUGGAAGAAAGCAAGAAGUCGUGGAAGAAAGAAAGAAGUUGAUGGAAGCACUGGCGGAAGUUAAAAAAAAGAUGAAGCAAGAGCUGAAAGACGAAAAGUAGAAGAAUGCAUAGGCUCUUUCCAGUCAAUGAGGAGAUUGCACAAGCAAUCAUAGGAGAGUGAGAGAGCUUCUUCUUUUUUGUUGCGGCUUCAGCCCUAGAUCUUCAGAGAAUUGCUUCUUCUCUUGCGGGAUAAUGGGUAUAUUAUUAAGUUUUUAAAAUUCCAAUUUUGUCCAUGUUAAUUUCUCGAUUGGAAUGUUCAUGUGUCUAUUUUCUUCCAUUAUGAGAUUUUUACUAGUUAUGUUUGCAGAGGCUAAUUACAUGUUCUAUGCUCCUUUUCUUGUAAUAUUAUUACUCUAAUUCAUUAGCGGAGAAAUCAGGGACAGAGGGAGCUCAUGAUACACUAGUAGCAGAUUGUGGAGAUAUAAGUGUGCUGCCUCACUAGAUUCAAGAAAACUUGUUAAAUAUUUUUUUGGGAAAGAGAAGCUUGAAAGGCAGGUAACCCCUGCACCCAGACAUGGGGAUAAAAUGACCACCCUGCUCCUCAUGAAAUGGAAAUCCCACCCCUGUUGAUGUUUCAGUGUGCGCUUCCAUUGGUCCCCACGUUAAUGCAAGGCCACGCUGCCUUUCAGGGAACCCUCUCCGAUAUUUUUUCAGUACUAUGAGAUUCCAAUCCUUCAUAACUAGUAACUGAAUGCAUGUAACCUUUCAUACAAAUAAAUGCAUGGUUCAUUUUUUGACAAUAAUUCAGAUCUUCAAAAGCCCGUACUCCAAUGGAGUAAUGAUUAACCUUGCAUGAAAUUUUAUUUGUAGAGUAUAUCUCUAUGAAGUGCUUGAUCAUGUUGUCGUCAUAUGUCUUGAUAAAUUCCUAUUUUAUAACCAAUCUAAAUGAAAUCUUGUCUGACCAUGGGCGUGAUCAGCAACUGGGAGAGACUUGAAAGACUAGUCUGAUAUGGAUGAAACCAGUAAAAAAUAUAUCUUCCACUUGGUUGAUCUGGCUGGACCUGAAAUUCAUGUUUCAAUCCAGGUGUUUAAUGUAGUGUUGUAUGUCUUAUCAUUGCUGGGAAAGUUUAAUGUUUAGUUGUAGAAUAUGGCAGCCUUGUAUAACUAUAGCUUUUGAAUUUUAUCUAAGUUUGUUUGGAGUACGUACUGUGAAUGAGAUUGCUUUUGAAUAUGGAGGCCUAUCUCUCCACCCUUCACUAAUGAUAAAUUAGAUAAAACAUUACUUUGUAUUAUGAUAGUUCAACUUGGAUAUGGGAACCAUUGCACCUGAUUUUGAGGCUAGACUCUCCAAAGCUUAUUCUUCUUUGGGUCCUAUCGAGUCAGCUAAAGUUCCCAAAAACCACCCUCGAGUGUUGUCAAUCCUUUCUUUGUUUCUGGAGAGAUCUGUUCAAAAGAAUGAAAAGUUACUGGAGACUAAGCAAAAGAAAGAUUCAGUUACAAUAUUUCAGAGCCCAUGCUGUGCUGCUGCUGAAGAAACAAUAAAAAGGUCGCAUGGAACUAUUAUUGGUCAACAAAUAGUUCGGAGUAGAAGCUCAACAACUGAUGAGUUCAGGAGAAUCAAAAUUUAUGCAUCUACGGUUGCAAAGAGAUAGAGAAGAGAAUCCAUUGAUGCCAUUCUGAUUAUAGAUUUGGGAGACUUCAAUCAAUGAUUUCUAAUUCCAACCUGAAGCUUCUGACCCCAUCGAUGCUUCCACAGCCGAUGUCAGUGCUGCAGCAGGAUUUCCCUCCACCUCUGCUGCUUGUUUUUUACCUGUAUUAAUGUAGAAAAGCAUUUCAUUCUUCUUAGCUUCUGAUAAAUGUGAGACGCCAAGACCUCUUUUAAGCAACCUUAAGACCUCAUACUGGUGAAUGCCAACAACAUUGUUGCCCCAUUAGUUUUAAGUCUCUUAGGUUUCCUUAGGAUGUGCAUUUUUUGCUUCUUUUGAAGAAAAUCUGUUAUUUAUUGUGUUCCUUUGGCUUAUUUCAAGCAAAUAUUGUCUAUGC